AUGAUUCCGAUUCCACCUCUCUUGUUGUUCCCUGGUCUCGUUGUUGGGUUUUCUGUAUUAUUUACAAGUACUAUCUACAAAUCUGAAUCCAUUUGUUCAGAUAAUACGAUGAAAAGUAAACGUUCAUCGAGAGGAAAAUUAAUUCAGCCUAUUUUCGUAAAGAAUAUCUUCAAACUUCAUUUAUCGGCAUUAUCUAGAAACAAAAGCAUUUUUAAUUUUGAAUUUAUGCCCCUUUCUUACUUCAAUACUACAAUUUCCUCUUUUUUACUUAAAAUAAACAUAAAAAAAUUUUUAGCUAAAUUAAAUCUAAAAAUAGUGAAAAAAACUUUUUACUUCGCAAUAUUCUUAAUGCUCUUAUUUUGCAUCAUAUUUUUUUCCUGUCCUGAUAUUACAUCCAUUGUAUUCAGGGCAUUUUCCAGAAGGGCAAGAUUCCAUUUCGUUGCAUCAACAAUGAAAAAAAUUCUAUUAUUACAUUUAAUGUUUAAAUUUAAUCCUGUAACGCCUAAGGAUGGCAAUGAAUCAUUAUUUAAUCACCACGAUAAAUUUAAUGAUCUUUCAAAAGAUACAAACGAAAGUUCAAACCCAUCCGCAUCCGAUCAAUUUAAUACCAUUAUCGUUGAAACUUCAUUAUAUGAACAAAGAAACCAGAAUAUUCAUUUUUCCAUUUCUACAAUAGACAACGCCGCACUGAAAAAAAAUUCUUUCUGUUCUAAUUAUAAAAUAAGAACAAAUAAUAACUUAUCUCAAUCUCUCGAUUUUGAAGUUUUCAAAAUAAUAGAAAGUUCGCUCUCUAUUCAUUAUAAUCAAUUUUAUAAAGUGCCAUCUCCUGAGAAUCUUAUUAUAGGUUUGCAUUACUGUGGUUACUCUGCUUCGGAUAUCGAAAUUAAAUAUUCCAAAUUUCUAUCUUUACGAGCACUAAAAUCGAAAGAAGUAUCUGAUCGAUUAAAUCAACAGUUAAAAUCAAAAGAAGUAUCUGAUCGAUUAAAAUCAAAAGAAGCAUCUGAUCAAUUAAAUCAAGCAUCUGAUCGAUUUAAUUCCACUUCUAAAUUGAAUGCAAACCACAUGAUUAUACCGAAGAGCAAAAAUAUAGGUUUAAAUUAUGAAGCAGUAGAAAAGAUAGAGAAUUAUGAA